AUGCUCCACAAUCUCAACCUCUUAGAGCUGCGAACAGGAUUUACCCAAUAUGAUCUGGUUGGCAUGGCUGCACUGCUUAAACUUUGCCCCAAUCUCGAGACAAUGUGUCUAGAAUACCUUUUCAAGAAAAGGGCAGAUGAGAGUUUAUCAGAAGAGUUGCUAAAUAAACCAGUUGAAUUGAGCAUUCCAAGUCUUAAGCAAGUUACAAUGAACGCGUAUACUGGAACAGAAGAUGAAUUCAAUUUUAUGAAAAUGUUGAUCGGGCAAGGAGUUGUCCUAGAAAAGAUUGUGUUUGUUCCCGUCCAAGUUGAGAACAGAAAAGUUGUUGAGAGGUCACUUCCUCCAGUGGUUUUAUAUAGAAAGGGUUCACAAGGUUGGAAGUGCUCACCGGACCUCUCCUUCUCAGUACUGAGUAUUAUAGAGUCUGAGCUAAAUGGGGAUUAG